AUGAUUGCUAAAUGGAUCGGCGAUUUAUUUGUCGAAGGUUUAUAUGAUAUUCAUAUUGAACUGGCUGAAGUGCCAAUUUUGGGUUGGGAUCCCCCAAAAAUGGCUCGAAAUAUUCUUUCAAAAGAUGUUAUGCGGAAAGAUGUUGUUGCUGUGGAACCUAGAGAAAAAGUUGGACGUAUUUUGGAAAUAUUACGUGCCACAGUACAUCAUGGAUUUCCUGUUGUAAAUCAGAUUAAUCCUUCGAAAGCAAAUGAAGCUUAUCCUGAUUAUGGCCAUUUAAAGGGACUUAUUUUACGGUCACAACUCAUCACUUUGCUUCAGAAACGGGUAUUUUAUCGUGACUACGAUUGUACUAUUACUGCUGAAGGGUGGAAUCACAUCGAAUUGUCUGAUUUCAGAGAUUUUUAUCCAAGGCACGAUUAUUCAUUCAGCAGGUUAGGAAUAAGUGAACAGGACAAAAAUUUAUGGAUGGAUCUUCAGCCAUAUUUACAUCAGCAUCCACAUAGAGUUCCACUAAAUGCUUCUUUACAUUCAGUUUAUAAUCUUUUUCGUGGUCUUGGCUUACGUUAUAUAGUUGUCGUUGAUGACAAUAAUAAGCUUCGAGGCAUUAUAACACGAAAGGAUUUGGCUCGCUUUAAAGAGCAUCGGUCGAAAAGUCAGUAUUCUGUUCGCGAAUUGUUUGUUUCUGAUUUUUAUGGUUAA